AUGGCAGAGAGCAAUGAGAUGACCAUCAACCUUCUCAUGCUUGGAAGAACUCAGACCGGUAAAAGUGCUGCUGGGAACAGACUGCUGGGCAGCUAUGACUUCGAAAGUCAUCUCUCCCCAAGCUCUGUGACUACAUGUUGCAGCCUUGGAUGCAGCAGUCGUAUUUCAGGAAUUAUACGAAGAAAUGGCUGUGAGCUAGCUCUCCGCAUUCGAGUACUUGACACUCCAAGCUACCCCCACAGCAGUCUCAGCAAAGAGCAGGUACAAUACAAAGUGAGAACAGCCCUGACUCAACACUUCAGAGAAGGUCUACAUCUAGCUCUUUUGGUCCUGAGGGCUGACUUGCCUCUGUGUCCCGAUGAAAAUGAUCACGCAAUUCAGUUCAUCCAGGAACUUCUGGGUCCCACAUGGAAGGACUUCACUGCAAUUUUACUUACUCAUGCAGACAAGGCAGAAGAGGCUGGAUUCAGUGAGGACUCUUACUUGCACAGCGCCUCAAGCACCCUGCUGUCACUUUUGAGCUCAGUACAGCACAAAUACAUUUUCCUAGACAACCAGAAGAACAUAACUAGAGAGGAAAGAACUACCAUCUUAAGAAAGCUCUUGAAUUUUAUAAGAAAAAAUAAUUAUCAACUGCUUCUACUUAAACAUACAAAGGAAUAA